ACAAAAAAUCAGUGCAUAAAAUUUUUGUUUAAAAAAAUUAAUUUAAUUUCUGAAUAUACAUACAAACAUAUAUCGAAUUAAAUAACAACGAAGGCAAAAAUAUGGAUAACCCACAAUUCGUUAUAGACGAUAUAGCGCAUCCAACGUUCCAGAAACCAGACGAAGACGUCACAUCAAAUGCCCAUACAACAGUCGACAUUGAUGGCGUGCAAAACACAGCUGUUGACAUUGACAAAAUCGAAAAUAAGAUCAACACCAGCAACAACCAAAAUGAAUGUCUCACAUACAAUUCUGCAGAAACUCCAAUACAAUUCAACCAUACAAAACAAUUCCAAGACACUAACAACUAUACUGCUAUUUGCUAUAAUAACAACCUCAAUAAUAUUUACCACGACCAACAUCAACAUCAACAACAUCAACAACAUCAACAGCAACAACAACAGCAACAUCAACAGCAGCAACGGCUAAAACCGAAAACCUCAUCUGAAGAAAAAACAGUUGCUCAUCAGGUUUUGUUAGCAGCGGUUUAUAUUGGUCUAGUGAGUGGAAUUUGUGUUUUUUUGUGGUUCUAUAUGGCCUGGAUGAUUGUGCCUGCUAUCUUAAUAGCCCUUGUGGUGGUAUUACUAACAAAACCGGGCUGGCGUUGGUUUUACAUAGCUGCAGUCACCUCAAAUCGGGAUUUGACUGGUCUAUGGGCCUACGUAAAACUUUUAAUACUAAUUAAGAGAUAUGAAAAAAAGAAUCUUACCAUAUCGGAUAUCUUUCAAAAGCAUGUGGCGAAGCAUCCAGAUAAAAUUGCUAUAUUAAGUGACUCACAGGCUUGGACAUUCCGUCAAUUGAAUGAGUUUUCCAAUCAAAUAGCCAAUGUAUUUCACAAUGAUGGUUAUAAAGUUGGUGAUGUUGUAGGCUUACUUUGUGAAAAUCGUGCUGAAUUUGUGGGUACUUGGUUGGGUCUAUCCAAAAUUGGUAUCAUAACACCGCUAAUAAAUACAAAUCAGCGUGGAGCCUCAUUACUACAUAGCAUAAAUGUUGCCCACUGCUCUGCUUUGAUAUAUAGUGAAGCACACCAAGAAGCUAUACAAAGCAUACAGAAAGACAUUUCCUCAAGUACAUCGUUGUACCAACUGAACGAUAAACCAAAUAAUACUGUGAUAUCAUCAGCUAAGAAUCUAAGCAAUUUGCUACAAACAGUUGUUAAAGAUAAAAUAAUAUCCACUGAUCGUGCUAAUCAUCAUGAUAAACUAGUCUAUAUAUAUACGUCAGGCACAACGGGCCUACCAAAAGCUGCAGUUAUUUCACACUCACGCUAUCUCUUCAUAGCAGCUGGCAUACAUUACACGUUGGGUUUUAAGGAUGAUGAUACAUUCUAUACGCCUUUGCCGCUUUAUCAUACUGCUGGCGGUGUCAUGAGCAUGGGACAAGCCAUGAUAUUUGGUUCAACAGUUGCCAUUCGGAAAAAGUUUUCAGCGUCUGGUUACUUUAGCGAUUGCGUUAAGUUCAAUUGUACAGUAGCACAGUAUAUAGGUGAAAUGGCAAGAUACAUAUUGGCUUCACCUACCACAAUCAACGAUCGUAAGCACAAAGUUCGACUUAUAUUCGGCAACGGUCUGCGUCCACAAAUUUGGCCUCAGUUCGUAGAGCGUUUCAAUAUAGCAAAAGUAGGCGAAUUCUAUGGUGCGACUGAGGGUAACGCUAACAUCAUGAACAAUGAUAAUACAGUUGGUGCAAUUGGCUUUAUAUCACGGAUUUUACCACGAAUUUAUCCCAUAUCAAUUUUACGUGCUGAUCAAGAUACCGGAGAGCCAAUACGUGGUCCAGAUGGUUUAUGUCAACUUUGUGAGCCCAAUGAACCUGGCGUUUUUAUUGGUAAAAUAAUUAAAGGCAAUCCAUCUCGUGAGUUUUUGGGCUAUGUAGAUUCAAGCGCUUCUGCUAAAAAGAUUAUACACGAUGUGUUCCGAAAGGGCGAUAGAGCUUUCUUAUCAGGUGAUCUGUUGAUUGCCGAUGAACGUGGUUAUCUCUUCUUUAAAGAUCGUACUGGUGACACUUUCCGUUGGAAAGGUGAAAAUGUUUCGACGAGCGAAGUUGAAGCUCAAGUCAGCAAUGUUGCCGGUUAUAAGGAUACAAUUGUUUAUGGUGUUUCAGUACCAAAUACCGAAGGACGUGCUGGUAUGGCUGCUAUAUAUGAUCCAGAAUUAGAAAUAGAUUUGGAAAUGUUUUCCAAAAAUUUGGUAACAGUACUGCCGGCAUAUGCACGGCCACAGUUUUUGCGUUUCUUAACCAAAAUCGACCUAACUGGCACAUUUAAGCUGCGAAAAGUUGAUCUACAAAAGGAUGGAUUCGAUCCAAAUGUAAUUAGUGAUAAACUUUAUUAUUAUGACUCUUCAAAAGGAAAAUAUGAAGUACUUAAUUUAGAUGUUUAUAACAAAAUUUUAAGUAAUAAUAUAAGGUUUUAAGUGAUAUUGUUGAACAAAUUAUGUAUAGGAAAGAAAAAAAAAUUAAACAAAAA